AGGUGGGAGCGCGACAUAAUUGCAAAAGGAGGCGAGAAGUGAGAGCCUACGCGUUCUUGGCGCUCGCACUCCUCCGCAACGGCGUCGUUUUCCUCUUCUCUCUACUCCGAAGUGUUCCGUUCCGUUCUCGCUUUUCCGAAAAACGCGUUCGCGUGCGUCUCUUUAAGCGGCGGUUACCGUUUUCUUCCGCUAGGGUUUUGCAUUUGCCGCUUCUAAGUUCCCAGUGCUUCUUCUUCUUCGAAUCGCGUUUGCUGCAAUAAAAAUAUAUUGAAGAAAGAAAAAAACCCUUCAAUGUUGUGUAGUCAACAGUGAAGAGUGCUCCAAAGCAUUAUUAGGUUUGGUGGGAGAAGCUGCUUUUGCAAGUUUUCUUCUUUGAUUUCGUUAAUAGGAAUUUCAAUUGAGGUAGCAGUUAGCGAAUUGCAGUUUUUGGUUAAACAGUGAUUAAUAAUGGCGAAAAGUAGGCUUUCUGGAGGGUAUUAUGAAAAUGCAGUAGAGACGGGUGGUGGUGAUUCAGAGGGGUCUGGUACAUCGGGGCGAAUAGAUGCCGGAAAUACUAUUUUGGAGGAUUCUAGUGUCCGCAGAAGGAAGUGCAUUAGUUUGAAUUCAAGUGGCAAUGAUGCUUUUGGUGUUCCCAUGCAAGUUGUUCCCAUGUCCAAUUUGGCCCCCCUUCAGAGAAAGGAGCUCGUGGAUAGGUUAACCUCCGAACUCGAACAGAUUCGAGUGUUUCGGAAGAGAAUUGAACUGCAGAGGAUGAAUGAUGUUAUGUUGUCAUCUAAAAAUGAUAUUAUUAGUAGCCGUAGAAAUGACCAUAAUGGGCCUCAAGUGGAGAGAAAACCAUCAAUGUCCAGUUCUGUACCAGGGAAUGAAUCGAAACCUUUAGGUCAGAGUCAGAAGCCUCGUGAAUGGAAUCGGGGCUCUUCUGGGAAGUUUGAAUCUGCUACGCGGACUUCUUUACUGAGUGCUGCAAAUGCUUUGUUGAUGAAAGAUUGUGAGUUGUUGUUGAAACGGUUAAUGAGUCACCAGUAUGGUUGGGUUUUCAAAACCCCGGUGGAUGUGGUGAAGUUGAAGCUUCCGGAUUAUUUCAGUAUUAUUAAGCAUCCAAUGGAUUUGGGAACAGUAAAGAGCAAGAUAGCUGCAGGAGAAUAUGCAGGCCCAAUAGAAUUUGCUGAUGAUGUGAGGCUUACUUUUUCUAAUGCAAUGAUCUAUAAUCCACGUGGGAAUGAUGUCCAUGUCAUGGCUGAUACCCUCAGUAAAUAUUUUGAAUUGAGAUGGAAAGCAAUUGAGAAGAAACUGCCAAGAAGAGAUGAUGUGCCAUUUCCUUCUAAGCCAGACACUUGUGAAGAUGUUAAAACUACUAGAACAUUGCCUCCUUCAAAGCCAAACUCUUGUCAAGAUGUAAUAAAAACUACAAGACCGAUGCCUCCUUCAAAAAAGAGAAAAAUAUCCACUCUGCCCUGUCAACCUGUAGUUAUGCCACCUGCUAAGAAAGUUAUGUCGGAUCAAGAGAAGCACAAUCUAGGUAUAGAAUUGGAGUCUUUGCUGGGAGAGAUGCCUAUGCAUAUCAUUGAUUUCUUAAAAGAAAAUUGUUCAAAUGGUGAAGAAUGUGGAGAGGACGAGUUAGAGAUUGAUAUUGAUGAUCUAAAGGAUGAUACACUGUUUGCUUUACGAAAGCUUUUGGAUGACUUUUUGCUAGAGAAGCAAAUGAAUGAAACGAAAGUUGAAGUGCGUGAAAUAGAGGUGUUGAAUGAUUCUGGACCAAGCAAUUCCUCAUUGCUACCAUUUAAAGGUAAUGAUUCAGAUGACGAAGAAGUGGACAUUGGUGGAAAUGAACCCCCUGUCUCGAGUUAUCCUCCUGUGGAGAUUGAAAAGGAUACAACUUGCAGGAUCAACACCUGUUUAAGUCCAGGAAGCAGUGAUACAGACUCUAGUGAUUCUUCAGAUAGUGAAUCUGAUGAUGUUAAAUCAAAUCCAGCAAAUGUAGCAAAGGAACCAGAAAAUAUGGAAUCUGGAGCUCAGAUGGUAGAAAAUAGCAGGGCAGAUGAUACUUCUGAAAGAAAUCAUGACAAGCAAGGAUCCGCUCCAAGAACUGUGAUUGCCCCGCGACAACCGCUCCGUAACAAGGCUCCUUGUCAUGUUGGAGAAUCUGUUGGUGGCUUGGAUAAACUUGAGGAUAACUCUCAGCAAAAGCCUAGUUCUUUCAGCUCUGAUUGCCAUCAAGAUGGAGAAUGUGGUCCAACUGAGAGAAAGGUCUCUCCUGAUAAACUUUAUCGAGCUGCCUUAUUGAAGAAUCGAUUUGCUGAUACUAUCUUGAAAGCUCGAGAGAAGACACUGACAAAGGGUGAGAAGGGUGAUCCUGAGAAAUUGCGCCAGCAGAGGGAAAAGCUAGAGAUCGAGCGACAGAAAGAAAGGGCAAGGCUACAAGCAGAGGCAAAGGCUGCUGAGGAUGCUCGGAAGCGGGCAGACGCAGAAGCUGCUGCAGAAGCCAGACGCAAGAGGGAGCUUGAGAGAGAAGCUGCAAGACAAGUACUGCUGCAGAUGGAAAAAUCUGUCGAAAUCAAUGAGAACUCUCAGUUUCUUGAAGAUUUUGAAUUGCUUAGUGCCGUACCUGCUGAGCAAUUACCGAGUUCUGUAGAUGAGACCAGUCCUGAUAUCUCUCAGGAUGGCAUGGGUAGUUUCAAGUUUGGGGGUGGUAAUCCCUUGGAACAACUAGGAUUGUACAUUAAAGAUGAUGAUGAAGAGGAGGAAGGAGAUCCACUGUGUGUUCCAAAUCCUCCUGUAAAUGAUAUAGAAGAGGGAGAAAUUGAUUAAGUAAUAAUGGUCAUUCUUUAUAUGAUGAAUCAAGGAUCAAACUAAAAUUAUCUUGAUCUCCAGAAAUUCCCCAAGUAUUCUAGUUCUCCUAAUGCAUGAAUUUGUCACAAAUGGGACGGAACGUAUUUUCUUGCAGCAGCCUUCGGUUCGGACUCAAGAAUGACAAUAUUGAGUUACUUUUGCAACAGAGGAGAGUUUGAACAGAAUCAAAAUACAUUUUUGGUCAUUUGCAAUUAGAAAUAUACAUGAUACAUCAGCUUCAUAUAGGUUAAGUUGUGUACAAUGGAAACUUCCGAUUUAUUUAUCAAUCAACAUUCCUUCACAUACUUGAAUUAGCCUGUCUCAGACUGCUGUCAUACCAGAUUUUUAGAUAUCAUAGAUUUAAUUUGUCGCAGAAAAUGAACAAUCUAAGUAUUGCUUUUCAUUGGUUGCUCUCAGAUUUUUUCUUCAUGGUGAUAAGUAUAGGUAGGACCUUCACUGUUA